UCCUCGACUUCUCCGACAACGAGCUGGAGGACCUUCCUGCCGGGGUGUUCCAGCCACUCGAUGCGCCUACCACUCUCAUCCUCUGGAACAAUAAAAUAACAAGUAUUGAUGAAAACGCGUUCGUCGGGUUGCGUGCCCUCACCGUACUGGACUUACGCUACAAUAAGAUAAACACGCUACCCAAGGAUGUGUUUAAGGAUUUGGUUCAACUUAAGGAGCUUCAGUUGGGAUUCAACCCCAUGGUAUUGCUUAACUCUACGCUGCUGUCUCACACCCCGGCCCUUAGGAAGCUUGACCUCAGUUCUCUGGGACUACAUACCAUCCAUCCCUCCUUCUUCCCCAGGAACCUCACGUUCCUUGAAGAGUUGUCUCUCGCCCACAACCACCUCACCGUCGUGCCUUCCAAAGCUCUUUUUAUCUUCCACGACUCUCUCACCCACCUCGACCUGUCUGGCAAUCCCUUUGAGUCUCUGGGUGCGUACUCCUUUUAUGGGCUGUCUAACGUGAAGACACUGAUCCUGGAACAGAUGCUGAAGCUGGAAAGCAUUGACGCCUACGCUUUUGGAGACCUCCACCACAUGGAGACCAUCGUCCUCCGGUACAUGCCAAAGAUCCAGUCCAUCCACCCAAAAGCUUUCCACGAGAUAACGUCGGACCACAAAGAGAUGACAAGGAACGACAUGGCCAUCAGGGUAGAGGACUUCACCUUCUCGUUCUCCAUCCUGACGACCCUGCCAGAGGACCUGCUGCCUUGGGAACACCUCCGUCAGGUCUCCCUCGUGUACAACCAAUGGAAUUGUGACUGCAACAUGAAGUGGGUAAAAAGCUCCCCCUUGAUGGAUCUGGUUGGAGUUCGCAUGGUGUGUUCACAGCCUCCGCGCCUACGUGGUCGCCACCUCAAGGGCGUAGAUGAAAAGGACCUUCUCUGUGGCCACGAGAUUGCCUCAUCAAGGAAGGCCUUCGGAUUCCUCGCGGGACUGAUGGCUGUUGGAAUCGUUGCGAGUCUAGGGACGGUGGCGCUGCUGGUGUACUGGAGGCGUGGAUGGCUGUGUCGUCGUCCAGCGGGAGUCUACACCAACAUUGAGCGCACCCCAAAAACUAUCACUGUGGCCGACGAGUUGCCAUGGGACAACCCUGAGUUUCAGUCCGGCAAUGAAAAUUCACAAGAUUAUAGCGUUUUAGACUAGACAACAAAUUUGCUAAGAAAGUGUUUAGAUCAGUGGUUCUCAACCUGGGGGCCAUGGCCCCCAAGGGAGCUACGGCGAGCUGUUAUAAAUUGCAC